AUGGGGUCACUGGGAAAUGGUAGCCAAUGUCAACUUGGUACACGUCUGCAUCCAGUUCUGGAACUCGUACCAUUGGCUGAUAUCUGGCAUGUUUGUCUCGUUGUAGCCGUCGGGAUACAUCUUGUGCCAGUUAGGAGGAGGAACAACCUCCGAAGGACUGUACUUGGUCUUCUUGAACCGAUUUUUGUUGGUAGACCAUGCGAUGUUCUCUCUGUAGAGCAUGUAGUCGGUGUUUGUGUCGUUCACGGCAGUAAAGGUCGAGAAAGUGUCGUUGAAGUACGAGUUGGCGAUCAAUCCACACGGAUAGUAUCUUGUUCCGUCUGCGUUGAUCGACAAAGGCUCACAAUUCUGUCCCACGGUAUCCUUGAUAUCCGAAAUGGAGGCAACUUUUCCGUUCAGUUGAUCUUCACUGAAACUCUUGGCGUAUCUUCUGUGGUUGGCCCAGAAGUUCUUCAACCGGUAGAAAAAGUACACAUGGGGCCCAAUAUCGUUCGGAAUUUGGAACUGGACCUGGCAAAUGUCCCGCUCCUCGUCAAAGCCGUUCCAUAUGUAUGA